CAAGCGAGGAGGAAGCAGGAGGUGGUGGUGGUGGUGGUGGUGGUAGUGGUAGUGGGGAUGUGCCUGACUCCCAGGGAGCAGCAGAGCCGCGGCCGGAGCGCUUCUUUCCCACCCCGCCCCCCGGGUUUGCCGGCUUCUCCCCCCGCCUGAACGAACAUGCGGAGUUCGGCUCUGGAUGUAACUUGCUUGGAAAAUCUUGAUAACAUCCUUCAGAUGAACCUCAGCCUAAGAGUAUGCCAUUAGGAUAUUCUGCUCUUUCUUCUUGGAACAUGGGGGAAAAGGAUGACAAGAAAUGUAACCAAGCUGGCCAAAUAUUUGAAAACUUUGUCCAAGCCUCAACAUGCAAAGGUACAAUUCAGGCCUUUAAUAUUCUCACUCGUCAACUUGAACUAGAUCCUCUGGACAACAGGAACUUUUAUACAAAACUUAAAUCAAAGGUGACCAGUUGGAAGGCCAAAGCUUUGUGGAACAAGCUAGAUAAAAGAGCAAGCCAUAAAGAAUAUAAGCGUGGAAAAUCUUGUGUGAACACGAAGUGUUUGAUCGUUGGAGGUGGCCCCUGUGGUUUGCGGACUGCCAUAGAACUCGCCUUUCUAGGAGCCAAAGUUAUUGUUGUGGAGAAAAGAGACACCUUUUCAAGAAACAAUGUGCUUCACCUCUGGCCUUUUACUAUUCAUGAUCUUCGAAGUCUGGGAGCAAAAAAGUUUUAUGGAAAGUUCUGUGCGGGAUCCAUUGAUCAUAUUAGCAUUAGGCAGCUUCAGCUUAUCCUCUUCAAGGUUGCACUGAUGUUGGGAGUUGAAAUCCAUGUGAAUUUAGAAUUUGUGAAAGUUCUGGAACCUCCUGAAGAUCAAGAAAAUCAAAAAAUAGGUUGGAGGGCUGAAUUUCUUCCAAUGGAUCAUCCCUUGUCAGAAUUUGAAUUUGAUGUCAUUAUUGGUGCUGAUGGCCGCAGAAACACUUUGGAAGGCUUUAGGAGGAAGGAAUUUCGUGGGAAGCUAGCUAUUGCUAUCACUGCCAACUUUAUAAACAGAAAUACAACUGCAGAAGCUAAGGUGGAAGAGAUCAGUGGUGUUGCUUUCAUCUUUAAUCAAAAAUUCUUCCAAGAUCUGAAAGAAGAAACAGGUAUUGACCUGGAGAAUAUUGUUUACUAUAAAGAUAGCACCCAUUAUUUUGUGAUGACUGCAAAAAAGCAGAGCCUUCUGGACAAGGGAGUCAUUAUUAAUGAUUAUAUUGAUACUGAAAUGCUACUUUGUGGGGAAAAUGUAGACCAAGACAAUCUACUGUCCUACGCAAGAGAAGCCGCUGAUUUUGCAACUGAUUAUCAGUUGCCUGCCUUGGAUUUUGCAAUUAAUCACUACGGGCAACCAGAUGUGGCCAUGUUUGACUUUACUUCCAUGUAUGCCUCUGAAAAUGCUGCAUUAAUACGAGAAAGGCACAGACAUCAGCUGUUGGUUGCUCUUGUUGGAGACAGCUUAGUAGAGCCAUUCUGGCCAAUGGGCACCGGUUGUGCAAGAGGGUUUCUGGCUGCAUUUGACACAGCAUGGAUGGUGAAAAGUUGGGCACAAGAAAAGACUGUGCUAGAAAUCCUUGCAGAAAGAGAAAGCAUUUAUAGACUCCUACCCCAGACGACACCUGAAAACAUCACUAAGAACUUUGACCAAUACACCAUUGACCCUGCAACACGGUAUCCAAAUCUGAACUCCAGCUGUGUUAGGCCUCAUCAGGUGAAGCAUUUGUACAUUACAAAUGAGCUGCAACCAUGCCCUCUGGAAAGAGCAAACACCAUUAGAAGAUCAAUUGGUCUUUCAAGACAUGAAUCUGAUAUAAGGCCAAACAAGCUUUUAACUUGGUGUCAGAAACAGACAGAAGGAUACAGGAAUGUUAAUGUCACAGAUCUCACUAGUUCAUGGAGGAGUGGCCUUGCUUUAUGUGCAAUUAUGCAUCACUUCAGACCUGACCUCAUUGACUUUGAUUCCCUGAAUGAAGAAGAUGCAGUCAAAAACAACCAGCUGGCAUUCGACAUUGCUGAGCGAGAGUUUGGAAUUCCUCCCGUAACUACUGGGAAAGAGAUGGUGUCUGCUGGAGAGCCUGAUAAACUCAGCAUGGUCAUGUACCUCUCAAAAUUCUAUGAGCUAUUUAGGGGAACACCUCUGAGAGCAGUGGGUACUAUGGACAAGCAGAAUGGAGAAAGAAGUGAUAUUUCUUCGUCAAAAUCAUCCAACUUCAUCUUUAAUAAUUACAUCAACCUAACCUUUCCAAGAAAGAGAAUACCUAAAGCCGAAGAAAAUGAAACCAGUAAAAGGCGCCGCAAAAGUCUUAUGAAUUUUGAAGAGUUGCAGUCUUCAAGUUCUUUGAAUCGAGGAACAAAUUCUGGUAACCAAGUCGGGGACGUAAAAGAAGCAAUAAAUCGAAACAAAGUGAAGUCUAUGACAACUCAGCUCUUAGCCAAGUUUGAAGAAAAUGCUCCCAGUGUUUCACUACGUAGGCAGGAGCUAGUAGAUAAACCAGCUUUGCACCUCUCUUCCGAAUCUCCUGUAAACCCUCGCUUUGCUAAACCCAAGGAGCCAACCUGUAACCCACCACCUUCACCAAAACGUCAGUUUCAGGCAGUAGCUAGGGCCGACCGCACGGUCAUGGAGCCCACGCAGUCUUUGCCUGGUGCUCCUCCAGUGGCCAAGCAUUUGCGAUGUAUAGAGCGAACUGAGCUGAAACCCAACCUGUCUGAAACCCUUGCGUCUUCCUGUCCUGCUGCAUUUGCACUCUCUGGUGUGCUUCUACGCCUUCAACACGUGGAGGAAAAAUAUAAUCAGAAGAGAGCUCAGUCCUUAGCAAACAGAGAAUUUCAUAAAAAGAGCAUUAAAGAGAAAGCCGCUCAUCUUGCCACAAUGUUUGGCUGUGUCGACCUCCCAAAGAAUAAACUUCCUACUAAAGGUCUCUCCCAUUCUCAGCUCCCAACUCCCUCUUGCCUUCCAUCUCAUGAUUCAGCUGCUUCCUCUUCAUCCAUUGACUCUGCUUCCCCUGCCGCUCAUUCUAAAAAGAUGACUGUAGGGAAAGUAUCACAAGGAAUUGGUGCUGUGGCGCAAGUUCUUGUCAAUCUGUACAUGAGUGAUCACAGGCCAAAUCCAUUGUCCACGUCAUUGCAACCGAAUGAAUCAGAGGAUGGAGCUGCUGCUUCUUUUUCUGCUACUGCUUCUUCUUCUACCACUCAAGCUUUUCCUUCUGCUACUCUGAGCUGUCAGGGUUCUCUGAAAAAAGAAUUUCCUCAGUCAAUAGGUGGGAGUGACAUCUGCUGCUUCUGUGAGAAAAGGGUGUAUGUCAUGGAGCGCCUGAGUGCAGAAGGCCGCUUUUUCCACCGAGAAUGCUUCAAAUGUGCCAUAUGUGCUACCACUCUCCGCCUGGCAAUGUAUGCUUUUGAUGAAGAAGAAGGCAAAUUUUACUGCAAGCUUCAUUUUGCACAAUGUAAAACAAAGAAUACGCAUAGAAAGAGGAGAGCCAUGUUAAAAAGUCAUGUAAAGGAGGAAGUGGAAUUGUGGAAGCAAGAAGAACCCAUGUCUGCAGACACCACCCCCGAAAGUGCUUUCGCUGCCAAUAGCAGCUCAGAGGACCUGUCCCCAGAUUGCUACAACCAUCCGACAGAUCAACCAACCUCCCCAAAGAAGUUCAAGAACAUCCCUGAACUCAACUGUAGAGGCAGGGGCCCCUCUGUGUCUUCUGAGUGGGCCUUGGUAAGAGUUACCCCAGAGGAAGAGAUGGCUGAACAUAACCUUCUAGCUGUUCGGGUUAUGGUCACCAGCGAUGGAAGCAGCUCAGAACUAGAACCUGAUUUUUAUGGCAAUUCAUCCAUUUCUGAAUUGAAUAAAGGGUUGUUGCCACUGCCUGAGCCAAGGAGAUAUCCUCCACCUUCACGAAGGCCUUUUCUGUUAAACGCAAGUUUGGUGAAAGGGGAAGAAUGCCAUGAAAAGUCCAAAGCUGCAAAUGCUCUACAACGAGCCCAGAGUCUUCGAGAUGCUUCUACUUCAAAAAAAUACCAGAACUGGAAGAAGAAAAUUCAAUCAAAUUUUCCUCUGCUGUACAGCAAGAAAAAUGGGCCAUCUUCAAGGGACGCCUCGGCCAGCAUUGAAAGUGAUUUUGAAAAUGAUCUUAUUGAGACAGAGCUGACGUCUCCCAACAGGAUUCCAAAAAUUAAAAGAGAGCAUUCCAAACCUCACAGCCAAGCAUUGAAAAUAAAAGGAAAAGCCACAGAUGAACCUGGAGAAAUCCCUUUCUACGUUCCCCAUUAUUCAUUUUAUAACUGCACAGAUACCUCUCCAAUGUCAUAUAGCAAAUCCUUUUGCCAUGUUGAUCAGAGUUCAGCUCCUGGUUACCCUAAGCAUGGAGUCAAAGACUACAGUGUUGAAGACCGAUAUUUAGGAAACAGGACAGUGAAUGGUGUGCAACUGACCUCAGGCUUGUUUAAGAAGAAUUCAGAUGUAUCCUCUGUAAAUCCUGAUGAGGGAGAUAAAACUGCUUCAAGGUCUGCCAAAGAGCGGCACGACAGACAUUUAAACAAAGCUAAAAGCAAGAUAAUGAGGAGGUUAUCCCUUUCGAUGGAGCAACAGCAAUCCAAGCUACUUGCUCUGAAUGACGCUAAGCAGGAUGGGACAAGAGUCAAAGAGCAAGGCCACACAAUUCCAGAAAUGAAGAAUGCCUCUUUUCAUAGCUAUGAGAACAUACCAAAGCAAUCUAACUGUGGCAGAUCUCUUAAGUUCACAGAUAGUCGUUCACCGAUUCUGUGUCCUGAACACAGACUUCCAAAGAAUGUUGAUAAUUGUCCCAAAGAACACAUGGCAGCCCAGCCUAAAUCGCCAUUGAGGCUAAUUGCCAAUGCUAUAAAGAAAUCCAUCAUAGAACCACUGAUUUCUCCUCCAGAAGGGUUGAAAAAGGGCCAGGACAUGCAUGCCAAACUUCCUUCAGAAAACACAUUCUUCAAUUUCCCUCAUCCCCUGGUUCACUCUGUAAGUCUAAAGAACAGCAAGAAUCAUGGGGAUGUUUUUGAGGUACAGGAGCCCCAUGUGUUGAGUAGUGCAAAAAAAGAACUUGGACUUGAACGUUCAGAUAUGUCUCAUUUUUCCAGCAGUCCAAGAGUGGAGUAUUCAUGUGAUGGCAAAUGUAUAUCUUUUCCUGUUUACAGUGUGCAUACUGUCCCUUCCAAGAGUCCUCAUAAAUCUGAAUAUUCUUCUUCUACCAAUGUGGAUGAUGUGCCAACCCUUCUAGAAAGAUUUACCCUUAAAGAGAACUUGUGGAGGACUUCCAAGGAUGAUUGGCAUGCUCAUAAUCAAAAGAACAUUCUUUAUUCCUCUCUGAGGCAUAAGAACAAAAACACUGAGGCCAUUUUAGAUAAUCCUGAACAGAGGAACAAUGUCUGGAACCUGUUCAGUAACUUCAGGAGUAAAGCUGAUGACAGAGUUAAACCCUCUUCUUUAAUGCCGGCAGCGUCACCCUGUACCAUCUUUGAUGUCGACGAAGUACUAAAUAAUUCUUCCAAAGGAGAACACUUGGGUUCUGAACGUCUACCUGUCAGAAAACGAGUAACUGACUAUUGUUCUUCAACUUCUUCUGAUGAAUUAGAAUACAAACCUUCAUUGCCACACAAGACAAAAAGGACUCUUAGAAGAAAUAGAAAGUUGGAAAAGGAAACAAAGCAACUGGUUAAACAAGAAGAACUAAAAAGACUUCAUAAAGCACAGGCUAUCCAGCGGCUACUGGAAGAAGUGGAGGAGAAGCAGCGAGCUCUGGAGGUGUAUGGUGUCCAACUAGAGAGGGAACUACGAGGAGAAUCAGAUUCAAGCACACAAGAUGAAACUCAGCUGCUACACGAAUGGUUUGAGUUGGUGUUGGAGAAGAAUAAAUUAAUGCGCUAUGAAUCUGAACUGCUGAUCAUAGCCAAAGAGCUGGAAUUAGAGGAUCAUCAAAACUCACUGGAGGAGAACUGAGACAGAAAAAUGGGCCACUGAUGGUGCUAAGUGAUGAACAUGAAAUAUGUGAUGAUAAGAGGCAGAAGAAAGCUGAAGCUUGGGGGAGCAGAAGAUGGUGAAAAAAAGAUGAAAAGCAGUAUUUUGAAAAGUUGAAACUAUCUCAGGGGUACAAGGACAUACUCGAUCUCCACGCAAAUUUUGUCUGAACAUGAUGGUGAACACCAUUAACGCAAGAUUAUGGUUAAAAUCUUAUUGUAGAGGAAAGAACAGUGUGAUCACUAUAACUCCAAAGGGAAGGAGUGAUGUUCCUAUUAAACAUGAUUAAAACAGCUUUUUUCUUCUUACAUUACAGUACAUGCAAAAAGAGUAAAUGAAAUCUAUGUGUGCCUUAUCUGAUAUGCUUCCCUUGUGGAAAUGACAUCAGAAGUGUUCGUUGUUUUUCAUGUCCUGGAAUUUUAAUACUAAGUGUUCUUGAAAGUUGUAGAUCUAUAGCACUGCUUCAGUUUUUCUUGAGAGUAUAGCCCUUCUAUCCAUCUUUCUAUAUUUGUGUACAUGUCCUAUAUAUGUUUUCUUUACAGAAAAUUGUUCCAGUUUUUAAAGCAAGCAUCACCAGAAUACCAAUAUGUUAUCCUUCAAAGUUAAUUCUUGUAAUGGAGGGUAUUUUUGUGAUUAUAGAUUAUAUAUAUAUAGUGUAAAUAAGUAGCCGGGAAAGUGUCAGCAGUGUUGAGCAGAUAUAAUUUACAAGAUGUGUUUACAAGGUAGAUGGUACUGCGUAUAUUAAAUGGAGCUUUAGUACAGUGGUAAAUAUUUACAAUUUGUAAAACUGUAACUUAAUAUCAAAGGGAUAUUUUAGCAAUAAAUAUGUAGAGGGAUCAAGUGAACCUUUUGCAGCUGGCAGAAAUAUUACUGCGAUAGUUUUUUUGAGGUACUUUGUCACUAUGUAAUCUUUAGUUGGGUAUAAAAAAAUUGUGGCACUCAAUGUUACCACUUAAAAAAUGGCUAAAUCCUUUUUGUACGAUGCUGACAGUAUUCACAAGGCCAUCUGUAAAGAUGUAUAAGCUAUACUUCUGCUGCUGAAGAUAAAUGCAUAAAUAAUAUUUUCCAGAUUGAUACUUUGCGAAAUCAGCUUGCAAUGCUCCUGCUUUGUUCACUGAAACUCUCAGAAAACACUGGAUGUUCUAUGCGCUGAACUUGAAAAAAAUAUGCCUCGAACAACAUUUAUCACUCUUCUUUGAACUGCUUUGAAAGUUCAUUGAUUUUUUGUAGUUGAUUUUUUUUAAUUGUAUGAGGGACCUGGGACAACAUAGGGAUGGUUCCGAAAUAUUCUUUUUUGUCUUUCACUCUAACAGGAAAAAUCAAGCCAGCGAUUAAUUAUGGAAAAGGUUCUUAAAUGCUGGCUGGCUGCCUCUGGCUGACCAAUAGCAAGUGUAUGCAUAAAAGUGAGUAAAUCUCUAGUGUGUAAUUGAGGGGUGGGCAACUAUGCGAGGUCUGAGGCCAUUUUCACACACCUUUGGCCACCACAUUCUGUGGAGUGCUGCACACUCAUGGGGCACACCCUCAAAAAGAGAAAAAGAAAAAGAAAAACAUUGCUGGUUUGCUGUUGAAAUUUAGUGGCAAAUUUGAUAGCAAAUCACUUUGUAAUGCUAUAGAACACUACACGGGUUAAAUUUAGCUUAUAGCCCGCCCACCCCACCCACCCACAUAAGCAACCUGUGGAGCUGUGUUUUCCACACUGUUCUAAUCAAAGAGCAGAAAAUAAAUUCUAUUCUGUUACAAAUUAUGCAUAACCUAAUUUUGUAAAAUAUAACAAAAACUAAGGUCCUGUUCAGACAAUCUUGGUUUAGAAGCCACAGCGAUGCCUAUUCCCAAUCCUGUUUGAGCACAAGAGGAGACUGAAAGUAUGUUUUCAGUUUAGAACAAACUGCUGUUCCCUUUUAAAGUGAACUGUUGGUGCAUGUGGUUGUUUUUAACCAACUUUGGUUAGAACAAACUGGCAUUCCCUGCGUUCGUAUGUAAUGUGGAACUGCAGUUUGCUCUCAAGCCAAAGUGGGUGCUUUUUCUCUCCUCCUGCACAUGAAAAGGAGCAUGUGGCUCAUACCUCUUCCUCCCCCCUAUUUCCACCCCCCAGUUUAUACCUGAUCAUUUUAGACCCUAAGAAUCCUAUUAAGAAACAUGGAAAUGCCUCUGAAGGUGGUAGAGAAAAUAAGAUUGUGUUUUUUCCAAUAUGUACUUAUUUUUGCGUGAUGUUUACAUAGAAUGGCAACUUAUAUUUAUCCUUUGGUGUUUACUUUUCUGUUUUGGUCAGUAAGUGAAAUACCAAUAAUGAAUAAUGAUAGAACAAAGCUGCUUUAUUGUGUAAGACAGGAUUAUAUCAGAUUUAUUUUUUAGAGAUGUACAGUGUCUGAAUUUCUCACUUGUACUUAAUAAGAUGCAAUUUCCUCAUAAUAUAUGUGCAUUUUGAUCUACUGCAUUAUUGUGGUAUAAGCUAUUUUCCGUGGUGGUAUUAAAAAUAUAUGAAAACUAACUUUAUAUUUGGAUAAUUUGAGUGCUUAUUGUUUGUGUAAGGAAAUAUAUGCAUAAUACAGCUUUGUAUUUUUAAUCAAAGUGGCUUAAACGUUCUCAGGAGUAAACAAGACUUUUCUGUGACCAAUGAAGUCACAGAAUAUUGCAGUCUGGGAAAUGUUUAAUGGAAUUGCAGGUUCCUAUUGGUUUGCAUAAAGGUUUCUGUCUUCAGUGAUCACUGAUGAAACAAGAAGCAGUGAAGUCACAGUUGAAUCUGGGUGGUGUCCAACUAACCCACUGUGAUGGGACAGCUUCUGUCAGUGGAAUGGGGAGAUUAUCCCUCUCCCUGCAGCUCAUGCUCAGAGCAUUAGAGGACUCUGUGGAAUAGGUUUUGGGGAGGCUACAGUGGGGAGUGCAAGAAAGGAAAUUCCCAUUGUGCAAGUGGAAGUCUGCUUGUCCUUGUUUUCCUUCUGCAAGUGGAAAAGGCAUUUUCCCAUUUCCUUAUUAUUGCUAUCUCUGUGUGUGGGGAAAGUCAGUACAGUACAUAGGAAAGUGAAUGCAUUUUCUUAAU